CCAAGGGCAAGUACAUAGUAUAGUUCAACCGCCCUGAUGAACGUGGGAGUUGGGGAAGAGUUUGUUUAAAUACAGGGGUUUUACUAGUACCAGAUGCCAGCAAACCCGUCUCCAUCAUCAACGCAAUGUCUAAAGUUCAGUAUCGCUCCCUUGGCAAGUCUGGUCUCAAAAUCUCUGUGCCAGUUAUUGGUGCGAUGAGCUUUGGUACCCCGAAAUGGGCUCCCUGGGUCCUCGACGAGGAACCCUCUAUCGAAAUAAUGAAGGCUGCUUGGGACCUUGGUGUCAACACCAUCGACACCGCCAAUAUGUACUCAAAUGGCGAGUCAGAGCGCAUCGUCGCCAAGUUCAUCAAAAAGUACAACAUUCCUCGCCCCCAGAUCGUAAUCGCCACCAAGUGUUAUGGCCUUGUCGCAGAUGAUGCUUCUCUCCCGACGUUCUUCAUGCCCGAUCUUCAAAAGCUGUCCAAGUAUGUUAACCAAUCUGGCCUAUCUCGCGCUGCCAUCUUCAACGCUGUCGAUGCGUCUCUCGCUCGUCUCGAGACCCCAUACAUCGAUCUCUUACAGAUCCACCGCUUCGACCCUUCAGUCACCCCAGAGGAGACCAUGAAAGCACUUCACGACCUCGUGCAGAGCGGCAAAGUCCGUUAUAUCGGUGCUAGUUCCAUGCGCUGCUGGCAGUUUGCCAUGUUGAAUGACGUGGCCGCUCGCAAUGGUUGGACAACGUUCGUUAGCAUGCAGGAUGAGUACUCGCUACUCUACCGCGAGGAGGAACGCGAGAUGCUCGGUUAUUGCAAACACAACGGUAUAGGUGUCAUCCCCUGGGCUCCUCUAGCUUCUGGUGUCCUCGCCCGUCCAAUUGGCACAGAGACGACGCGUCUCAAUUCUGUCAAGGGAUCUACUUGGGAGAAAAAGUUGUCCAGUGCAGACGCAACUAUCAUCAACCGCGUCGAGGAGCUUGCGAAAAAGAAGAAUUGCAAGAUGAGCCAGAUUGCGCUGGCCUGGGUUGCAUCAAAGGUGUCGAGCCCUAUCGUGGGUAUCAGCUCUGUGCAGAGAUUGCAGGAGAGUAUCAUCGAGGAAAUCGAGCUCACACCGGAGGAGAUAAAGUACCUGGAGGAGCCGUAUGAACCCAAGGCCAUCCGUGGCCACCUUUAGAUGAUCGUGACAAACCUGGAUGUUAGCCAAAAUCUGUAGCACUUUGUCACUAUCACCGCAAUGCACUGAGUGGAGAAUGACUA